CAGUUAACAGUUGUCUGCUAAACGUAACAUUUGCCUUUUGUUUUGUUCGUAUUUGAACGAUUUGAGUGCAUUGUAGUCACUUAUUAUUUUUUUUUUUUGAUUACCCUGUACCCUUAAAACAUUGCAGUGAAUUUGUUUGCGUUCGGAUUGAUGGUUUAUCACAAACUAAAGCAAGACAGCUUUAAAAAUCACUGGAAAACAGCUGAUCUGCGCUGAAAUUGGGAUGUGCGCAAAUCAUUUAAAUGACAGCGUUUGCGGACACAGAAGUGUGAUUCCUCGGAUGUCCAUUUGGCUGAUCCUCUGUGACUCUGUCCAGGAGUAAACCAGCAGACCGCCGAAGGUGAAAACUCAGCGGAAUCCCAAUCCGGAGGCGAUGUUCGCAGACACCCACGGCUGGCAGCUCCUCCUUCUCCUGCUGUUCCUGGCUGCAGGCGCAUGCGCGCGUCCAGAGGCAACGCAGCAGGAGCCCUUGCUGCAGGAGCAGCCCUCCCCGCCGCCGGCGCAGGAGGAAGUGGAGCAGGCGACCUCCUUGCCAGCUCCCAGCUCCACGGUCGAUAAUGUGAUCGUGGCGGAAUCCACCACCACACCAUUGCCCGAAGCGGUGGCGCCAAGCACGUCCUCGUCUUCGGGCACAACGACAGAUGCCACGACCACAGCCCCGUCUUCAUCCGUGUCCACGUCCACCACAUCCACCUCCACCACCUCGACCACUUCGGCCGCUCCGCCGCCACCUGCUGCCCCCGAACAGCCGGAGUACCUGAAGCACUGCUUCUACGCCGAGGAGCAGCUGUGUGGCCGCGCCUUCGACGGACGAUCCGAUGUCGCCGAGGGUCAGGGCUCCUCCUCCAUGUCGCAGCAGGCGGACUCGCAGUCCCCGAACGGAGGAGGAGGAGGGGGACAGGCCAACCAGGCCAACAGCUGCCAGUGCAGGGAGCACCCGGCGAAGCCGAACUCCUGGUACUGCUGCAACAUAUCGCAGCUGACGAUGAUCUCGAGCUGCAGCAACAUUUCAAAGUGGAUGAAUCUGCAUGUGCGCAACAUGACCGUGAAGGACAUGGACCUGUCCAAUCCCAUUUUCCGAUCGCUCCAGUCGCUCGCCGUCACCGAUGGCAAUAUCACGCGACUGGUGAACGCCUUUCCGCGACUCUCGGCCCUCAAGUGCCUGAACAUAUCGAACAACAACAUCUCGGAGAUCCACUCGCGGGCGGUCAAGGACGUGCCCCACCUCGAGUUCUUCGGGAUGUCGCACAACAACCUCUCGCUGGUGCCGCACCGUAACCAAAACAAGAACAUAACGCUGGACAUUAGUGGCAAUAUGCGCAUGUUGUGCACCCCACUCAACGAAAUAAUCUACAACGAGUCCAUUAACUUCCUGAACCCCGAGCACUCCUACUGCCAGUACAACGCCACCCGCACCUGGUUCCAGUCGACGGACAAGGUGUCCGUGGAGCAGCUGGAGAACAGAAAGCGCUGCGUGACGAACUGCCCGGUCAUACCGAACUACGGCAACUGCAAGUGCACACUGGAGAACAUCAUGAUCAUCCAGGACAAUCAGUCGAAGCCCCAGUGCCAUGUCGACUGCUCCAACUUGGGCCUGGUGGAGUUGCCGCAGCGGCUGCCGGACAACACCUUCGUGCUGAACAUCACGAACAACAAGAUAACCAGCCUGGGCGACUACUUCCAGACCAAUCCCACCUACCACAACAUCAACCGACUGGUGGCGGACAACAACCAGAUAUCCUCGAUGAACGAGUUCGAGGGCACCAAGUUCAUCGAGACCUUCCAGCGCAUCUACAUGCGCAACAAUUCCCUGAGCAAGAUUCCCGAGUAUUUCCUUAACAAUGCUCUCAUGGACUCUGGGCUGGGUCGUCGCAUCUACCUGGCAGGCAACAAGCUCCAGUGCGAUUGCAAUUCCGCCAAGACGCUGCAAAAUUGGCUGAAGGAACGCAGCUCGGACAUACCCGACUACAUGGACAUCCGGUGUCGCAACAUCCCGCAGAGCGUCAUCGAACUGCAGGAGGCCAAGUUGUGCCAAUCGCCACCGGACUGGACCGACUACAUCUACUACUUGAUAGCUGCCGAGGUAAUCCUGUUGCUGGCACUCAUCGCCAAGGUCUCCUACGACUAUUGGGUGUUCAAGACGGCUGGCUAUCUGCCAUGGCCAGCCAGCAAGAUGCCCAAGUUACCCUGCGACUGGCUGUGCGAAUCGUAGGGCCUUGCUAGGUGAGGUGAUUUUUUUUUUUGGAGCAAACGAGAGGCGUAGCAUCGCCAAAUAGCGAGACAGUUUAAGUGUUUAGUUUAGACACAAUCACAUGACAGAACGUAUACCCCAUACGUCUUCAAUAUAUCCGACUGCGAAACUAUGUGCCUUUUAUAUAUGUGAACGAUUUUUGUUGUUAAUAGUCUACUAGCUCUAAGGAAUUGAUGCAUCCAAAUGCAGGAGAUGCAUCUGGAAUACAUAUAAUAUAAUACUGAGUAACGUUGAUCAGAUCCUCGCCAAGGCAAGGAGCGAAUAAAUGAAUAGAGAAAGCCAUGUUUAAAGUCAA